AUGGAUUUUAUUGAAUCUUUUAAAGGAUUUCUUCGGAGCAACUUCAAUGCAAUUGAGGAUGUAGUCAAUUCAGUUUCGUCAGCGGUUGCUGAGCAAUAUGUUGAUAAGCUUAUAAGUAACGAAAAUCUUUUUAUAAAUCUUGGACUUCCUUUUAUUGUCGAAGAAAGUUCAAUAUCAAACAUCAAAAUUCAACAAAAAUCAUGUAAUAUCUCUUCUCAAUAUGAUACGAUCUACGUUGAUCUUGUCGAAUUUAAAAUUGCGCCAUAUGAAGAAGAAUCAACAGCAAUGUACAAUAAGAUUCCGCCUCUUGAAGCAUAUCUCAAUAUCAAAGAAAUGCGAAUCACGAUAGAUAUACCAGAAUUCGAAAAUACUUUUACUCUGAUAUGCAAAGAUAUGACUGUAAACCUUUCAUCUACAAAUGGAAACUCAAUCCAAUGCAGUUCAUUUACAUUUGUUGAUAAAACAUCAACAAUUUUCUCGAUUCCGAACUUUAGUAUGAAAAUCACCAAGAAUAUGGCAAUUGAAUUAGAUUUAGACACUCUUUCCAUAAGUUUAUCUGCAUUAAACCUACGAAUGUUCAAUAGAUUACUCGGAAUUAAAGCAACACAUAAGAUUGCUCUUCAUUUCAAUUGUAUCAACAUAUCAGUAGGAGCCUCUACAUUCAUAAAGUUUGAAAAUGUUUCGAUUAUUCGAAUUGAUGUAAUUAGUUUUGAUGUAAAGAAAUUAACCUUCAACAUCUCUUCAAUGAGAAUAACAAUUACAGAUUUAAACUAUACACACGAGAAGUUCUCUAUUGGUGAUAUUUCGACUGGAAAUACUUCUUUGUUUAUUGAAAAAUUAUCUGAAGACAAAUUAAUCACGAUUUUGUUCAAAGAAGAUACAAACGUAUUGACAAUAGCCAACUUAAAGAUACAUUUAGACUCAAAACGUCUUUCUGCGAUUUUCAGAAACUUAUAUACAAAUUCUUUCUUUAUUGCAUUCUUCAGACGCUUUGUUGGUGCAAAUUUCGAAAUGCAGAAGUGGAUUCUUGAAGUUGAGUUCAAAGUUGAUGAACGGAACUUAAUUUUCAAAUAUAUUAUCAGUUCUAACCAAAUUAACAAAUAUAUUGAUACAUAUAUCGAACUGGAUGCAUACACAAAUAAAGCAAUGCCAAUUUGUGAGCACCAGAAGAUCAGAGUCCAAUACAAAGACAAAUUAUAUAUUAAUAUGUCAGAUCAGAAGCUCUCUUUGUAUUUCAUAUACCCUGAAAUCAAAACAUGGAUAACAUGCUUAUCGAGAAUCAGAAGAACCGUCAGAGAGUCUACAAUUGACAAAUUAUUCCCGAAAUUUAAUUUCAACGAAGUUUCAAUGUUUUUGUGCUUCUAUUCACAAGACUUUGGCAAGAAACCGAUAUUUGAGAUAAUUACAAACAUUGAACUCUUCGAUUUGGUCAGAAAAGGAGAAUUUAUUUCCUUAAAUCUGAAACUUGACUGUUGUAUGCAAGGAAUCAACUACCAAUGGGCAGAUCGUGAUGAAGUGAUAAGUAAAUUCACUGUAGAUGCUGUCCUUCCUCUAUCUUCCAAAUGCAUUUUUUCAAGAAUUUCAACAACUCAAAUUACUUCGAGCCUUUCAAUGGAAAUUAUCAACAAUUUAAGAAACUUUGUUGAACAUCCAGAGAUUUCAACCAGUUCUUUGUUGUUUAUUUCCAAUGAAACUGUGGAUAAAAUCAAAAUAUCGGGAAACAACUGCAAGCAACAGAUAAUUCUUCCACACCAAUGCAUUCCAUUUGGUGGAACAAUACUUGUUGCACACAUUGAUGACAAAACUUUCACGAUUAAUUUGAGUACUUUAUCAUAUCCUUUGUUAUUGAUGAAGAACUGCAUUCUCAGUAUUGCAUCAGAUACAACAUCCAAGAAUGUACACUUCUCAAGCGUUUAUAUCCUUAAAAAUGACUUGACAACCGCAGUAACUUUGUAUUCUAAGAAAGUUAUGAAUAAAACGAAGAUAUUAACAGUACAGCCAAUAAGUAGAGGUGCUCUUCCAUUCCUUGAAUCGACUGAAUCUUCUUAUCUUUUGGGUGUCGGAGAUAAUAAACCCCCGAAACAACAGACAUUCAAGCUCCGGGAGGGUACAUCCACUUACAUGAUGGAAGGAGAUGUUCCAAUAUCCCUUAAAAUCUAUAAAGAUCCCAUUACAAAGUCGACAAUAAUUCAUCUUCGUCCUGGAUUAAGUCUUGUCAACAAAUUACCUUAUCCUGCUUACAUUUCCAUUGGAAAUGCACCAGUUUCAAGAGGUAAACAACAGCUAAAGCCAAUAGAGCCCGAUGAAGAAAGAUUUGAUUCAAUGUACCAAAUUGAAUCGAAGGUUUUACUGAACGUAACUAUUCCUAAGUUCGAAAAGUGCACAGGAAUGGCUAUCGUUACUACAGAACACGACGGAGAAAAGAAUAAAUCUAAACUUCAAUUGGGAACUUAUGGAUUUGUAACUGCAGUUGUUGAAAGAUCACAAGAUGCGAUCAAAAUCGUCAUUAAAGCUGAUCUUAUCAUUGAAAACAGAACACUUACGAAGUUCCAUAUCAUAUCUAACAAUACUUCGUUUUCUUUCAGACCAGGAAAGUUCCUCUUUGGAUUAACAGAUAAUUUAUGUCUCGAAUACCAAGGAAAUGUCUUCCCAUUGGCCGAAUCUUUCAGCAGAGUUUCAAUUGACUUGUCUCCUGAAUAUAAAAUAUUCACUUUCUGUCGUAUUGAGCACCACACAAGAAAGCAUAUGUAUAUUCAGGACAUUUUCCAGGUCAAAAAUGAAUUUGACAGAGAAAUUGUUUUCUCAUCAAGUAACUCCUGCAUGAAAGUCAAACCAGGAACGACAACAAUCGUAAACAUGAAGAUUGAAGACAAUGCUGUCGAAAUUCAUUGCGGAAAUUACAAAUCUGCUGGAUUAUUCUUCUUGGGAACGGAAAUCGCUUCAACGGUUCAACUUUACAACGAAGAAGAUGACACUAGAAUAUUGUUUGACAUCCAAGUUGAUGAUAUUCAUUCGACAAGGAUAAUUACAAUAAAACCUAUCGCAUUUCCACCGAAAUAUGCGAUUAUUAAUGAUACAAAGUAUGACGUAUAUGCACAACAAGUCGAAGAAAUCAUGCCAAUCAAGGUUGAUCCAUUUUCUUCUUCUGCUUUCGGAUUUGAUCUUCCAACAUUGUCAUCUAACGUUGUUUUGACAAUUGAAGGUGUUCUUUCUACCGUUUGCUUCACAAAAACAGUGUUUAAUGUGAAAUUCCCAUUGAAAGUCAACGGAGAUAUUUUAUAUUUAUCUGUUUACACGAUAAACAGUGUAACUCGAGCAUUAAUGAUCACUACAACUCCAAUGGAACCUUCCACAGAGGUUAACAUCGCAAUUGAAGUUCCAAAGAUUAAUAUCAGUUUUAUUGAGAAACAAAAAUCAAUUGCUGCACUUGAUAUUAACAACAUCAAGUUCAAGAUAUCACAAAAUGACUCUUUGCAGUAUAAAGCUCGCUUCGAAAUCGACAAUUUCCAAGUUGAUGACCACAUUUUGAACCAAGUUGUACUGAAGAAAGGUGGAUCCUUCCCAUUCAUCGAUGUUGAGUUCCAAAUGUCGAGUUAUCCGUUCUCCAUUUCUCAAAUCACUUCAAUUAUUAUUCAUAAAGUGAUUGUUGAGAUGAAUAUCUCAGAUAAGAUGCUUCUUUACUUCGGAUCCAUUCUAGAGAUGAUGAAAUUGCAUGAAAUUGACCUUAAAGAUUACAUGGCUUUCUUCGGAAAAACGAUUUUGGAGCCAAUCACUGUAAAAGCCAAGUUUGAGAACAUAAUUCCAAGAUUUUUAGGCCUCUACAAUGAUAUUGCACCAAGAUCAACUGUUACUUUUUGGGUUCCAGGCUUGAAUUUGGAUCAUUUCUCAGCUCCUCUCUCAUUAUUGCACAAAAUACUCCAUGACACAAUGCAAAGGUCAUUAGUUGGCAGAAACAAGAAGUACGGAUUCCUUUUACCACAAGUUGCAUGUUCGAGAAACAAAGAAUCAAAUUACGACAAUUUUUAUUACCAAAACAACGACAUAAGCGUUGCAUUGUUCACAGGAUUCCCAAUGAGUACAAGUUCAAUUGGUUACAAACUCAAAUACGCAACAGAAAUGAAAAUCAAACCACCGGAUUCAUCCCAAUCAUCUGUUCAACAAAAUCCGGAUCCAAUUAUUACUUUACCGCGUAAACUUUUAUCCCAUGUAAUCAGAAAUCCGUCAAAUGAAGAGAUUUUGUUACUUGGAACAGAGAAUCCGAAGAUUACACAGAGAAGAGGUCUCUUGAAACAUUCUUUCAUUCUUCCAAGCAAAGUAACUGUCGGAGUAUUCGAGAAACUCGUUGUUAUAAGAGAAAGCGAGAAAGAAAGCGAAUAUCAGUUAUCUAAGAUCAAAUCCAUGGAAAGAAAUGUUUUCUAUAUCAACGCUUUUGGAAAGAAUAAGGUUCCUUUAUUUUCUAUUACUUUUGAUCAUGAAAAUUCUGCUGAAUUGUUCUAUCUGACUUUGGAUUCUGUGCUAAUGCAGAAUGAGAUCAAUUACUACUUCUAA